GUUCAGUUGCAGUCAUUGCACGGCUUGCUCUGCUCAGAAACGGUGGUUAACGGCACAUGUUCGCACGCACACUGGUGAGAAAUCAUUCAGUUGCAGUCAUUGCACGGCAAGCUUUCUCAGAAACAGUCCUUGACGGAACAUGUUCGCACGCAUACUGGUGAGAAACCAUUCAGUUGCAGUCAUUGCUCGACCUCAUUUGUUAAGAAAAGGCAUUUGACAACACACAUGCGAACGCACACUGGCGAGAAACCAUUCAGUUGCAGUCAUUGCUACUCCUCUUUCAGUAGUAAAAACAAAUUCAAGGUACACAUGCGAACGCAUACUGUUGAGAAACCAUUCAGUUGCAGUCAUUGCGCAGCAUGCUUUGCUCGCAAAAGUUCUUUAACGGCACAUGUUCGCACGCAUAUUGGUGAGAAACCAUUCAGUUGCAGUCUUUGUUCCUCCCAAUACAGUGAAGAAGCCAACUUGAAGAGACACAUGCGGACGCACUUUGGCGAGAAACCAUUUAGUUGCAGUCAUUGCAGGGCAUGCUUUGCUCAGAAACAGUCUUUAACGGAACACGUUCGGACGCAUACUGGUAUCUUGAGCGCCGAUCAGAACAUCGUGCAUGAUAUUAUAACUGAACAGCCUGUCCGGUGUGGCCAUGCUCAACGAAUGGCGGAUGACAGAUUGCCUAAGAAGGGUCUAGAAUGGGUCCCUCCGAAAAGAAGACAACGGAAAGAGCACUCAGCAAUCAGCACACCUGAAGACUACAAUCCAGUGAAUCCACCAAUCGAUAAAAGUGUGAAGGAUCCCCAGGGAGACGUGUCGAGGAUUUAUUGCACGAGCCCUUCAAUGCAGGCCGUGCCUGAAGCAAGCACCAGCUCGGAGUCUAGCGGUAUGUCUGGCAACCCAUCUUCCCACUCCGUAGAAAGUAACCUUGAAGAUUCCGACAAUCCCCGACUCGCAUCAGUAGAAGAGACCCAAGAAACCUUCCUCUCGUCCAUCUUCGAUUGUCCCUCCGCUCUUCCCCCCAAAAUCGAAUGCGAGGAUGAAAAAGUUGAUGCAAGUUGGACUAACCAGCUACGUACAAGUAUUGACAUUAAGAGUGAACCCACUCCCCAGACGGAUGGGUCAGAACUCAGGUUGGGACGAGGAGGAGCAGAACACGAUUUGGAGAAUGAUAUUCGUGAUUUUCUCCUAAUAACAGAGCGAGUGAAGAGAGAGAACAUGAGCACUCCACUUCCCGACGAAUGUAAUGAAAAUUUGCUUGACGUAUCACUCACGAAUAUUGAAAUUAAGAGUGAACCCCCUGCCCAAACAAACGAAGCGGAAUCCAAGUUGGGAAAAGCAAAAAGAGAACUCGAUUUGGACUUAAAUUAUAGAGAUAGUGUCUCGAUGGCAGAGCGAGUAAAGAUAGAAAACAUUGAGACUCCCCAUCCCGACGAAUGUGAUGAAAGUUUGGCUGACCAGUUACAUACGGAAAUCGAAAUUGAGAGUGAGCCACCUCUCCAAAUGGGUAAGUCUGAAGUUAGGUUGUAUAAUAAGGACGGAGAGCUCGAUUCGGAGGUUGAUUUUCGUGCUUUCGUCCCGAAGAUAACGUCACUGAAAAGAGAGAGCAUCGGCACUACCUAUCUCGGACAGGCCGAAGAGAACGUAGGCAAGAGAACGAGAACCCUUGCAAACGGUGAAAAAAGGAACGCUCGACACAUACAUGUAAAUAUGAGUACAGUAUCCAUGAGAGAUUCGAAAAAAAUGAAUGCCAAACAAUCAAUAUGCAAUGUUUGCGCUACAUCUUUUACUACGAAAACCUCAAUGGCGCGACAUAUUCAAAUAAAAAGUGGCGAGAAACUAUUCAGUUGCAGUCAUUGCUCCUCCUCUUUCAGUAUGAAACACAAUCUCAAGGUACAUAUGCGAAUGCACACUGGCGAGAAACCAUUCAGUUGCAGUCAUUGCACGGCAUGCUUUGCUCACGAACAUUCUUUAACGGAACAUGUUCGCACGCAUACUGAGGGGAUAUCAUUCAGUUGCAGUCAUUGCUCCUCCUCUUUCAGUAUGAAACACAAUCUCAAGGUACAUAUGCGAACGCACACUGGCGAGAAACCAUUCAGUUGCAGUCAUUGCACGGCAUGCUUUGCUCACGAACAUUCUUUAACGGAACAUGUUCGAACGCAUACUGGUGAGAAACCAUUCAGUUGCAGCCGCUGCUCCUCCUCUUUCGGUAGAAAAAACAGUUUAGAGAGACACUUGCGGACUCACACUGGCGAGAAAUCAUUCAGUUGCAGUCAUUGCUCGGCCUCUUUUGCUGAGAAAAGUAAUUUGACAAAACACAUCCGGACGCAUACUGGAGAGAAACCAUUCAAUUGCAGUCAUUGCUCGGCCUCUUUUGCUAUGAAAUAUAACUUGACAACACACAUCCGAACUCAUACCGGCGAGAAACCAUUCAGUUGCAGUCAUUGCACGGCAUCCUUUACUCAAAAAGAUGCUUUAACGAAACAUGUUCGAACGCAUACUGGUGAGAAACCAUUCAGUUGCAGCCAUUGCUCCUCCUCUUUCAUUACGAAACAAAAUCUCAAGGUACAUAUGCGAACGCACACUGGCAAGAAACCAUUCAGUUGCAGUCAUUGCUCGGCCUCUUUUGCUGUGAAAAGUAACUUGACAAGACACAUCCGAACGCAUACUGGCGAGAAACCAUUCAAUUGUAGUCAGUGCUCCUCCUCUUUCACUAGUAAAGACAUGCUAAAGAAACACAUGCGAGCGCACACUGGCGAGAAACCAUUCAGUUGCAGUCAUUGCACGGCAUGCUUUGCUCAAAAACAUUCUUUAACGGCACAUGUUCGCACGCAUACUGGUGAGAAACCAUACAGUUGCAGUCAUUGCACGGCCUCUUUUGCUGAGAAAAGUAAUUUGACAUCACACAUCCGAACUCAUACUGGCAAGAAACCAUUCAGUUGCAGUCAUUGCUCGGCCUCUUUUGCUGUGAAAAAUAACUUGACAAGACACAUCCGAACGCAUACUGGCGAGAAACCAUUCAAUUGUAGUCAUUGCUCCUCCUCUUUCACAAGUAAAGACAAGCUAAAGAAACACAUGCGAGCGCACACUGGCGAGAAACCAUUCAGUUGCAGUCAUUGCACGGUAUGCUCUGCUCAAAAAAAUUCGUUAACGGCACAUGUUCGCACGCAUACUGGUGAGAAAUCAUUCAGUUGCAGUCAUUGCUCGGCCUCUUUUGCUGAGAGAAGUAAUUUGACAAAACACAUCCGGACGCAUACUGGAGAGAAACCAUUCAGUUGCAGUUAUUGCACGGCAUGCUCUGCUCGCAAUCAGUCUCUAACGGCACAUGUUUCCACGCAUACUGGUGAGAAACUAUUCAGUUGCAGUAAUUGCUCCUCCUCUUUCAGGCAUUAAAACAAUGUAAAGAGACACAUGCGGACGCACCCUAGUGAGAAACCCUUCAGUUGUAGUCAUUGUUCGAUGUCCUUCCCCGAGGAUGUCACUUUAAAGAGACAUUUGCGAAUGCAUACUGACGGAAAACUGUA